GUCAAAAUUUCAGGUAUGAAGGAAAUAGUACAAGCGAUCAUUUUUCGGUUACAGCAAGUGCUGUGGACUAUAGUGACCGUUAUAAGUCUUAUAAAGGAUCGCAUAACUUAUGGUAGCGAUGGUAUUGAAGUCAAGAAUCAUCCGAAACCAAAAUGUCUUGAAGGCUGGGAUGAGCGAUAUAUCCAGACAAAGACAGUCCGUCUUCACUAUGUGCAAACGGGUGGUGACGAUAAACCAUUGCUGCUGAUGUUACAUGGAUUUCCCGAAUUUUGGUACUCAUGGAGAUAUCAACUGAAGCAUUUUGCUGACAAAUAUCGAUGCGUAGCGCUAGAUCAGCGUGGGUACAAUCUCUCUGACAAACCAAUCCAUACCGAAGAUUACCACAUAGAUUACCUUGUCGAUGAUAUUCGAGAAGUUGUGGAAAGGCUAGGUUACAAGAAACUCUUCCUAAUGGGACAUGAUUGGGGAGCAAUAGUUGCAUGGCAGUUUGCAUUGGUCUACCCUGAGCUUGUUGAGAAGCUUGUCAUUCUCAAUGUUCCUCAUCCACUAGCCUUCCCAGCGACUAAUUUCGAGCAAUUGCGGAAAAGUUGGUACGUCUUCUUUUUCCAAACACCCAUGCUGCCGGAGAUGGCUGUACGAAGUCGUGAUCUCCAUAUGUUCGAUUUAUGUUUCCGUGGUAGACAUGCAGGGAUUCGAAAUAGGGAAAAUUUCACCGAUGAAGAUUUGGAAGCUUUCAAGCAUGUGUUUAGUCAGAAAGACGCCCUUACCGGUCCAAUAAAUUACUAUCGUAAUAUUACGAAACGUGUGCUACAACCAGGACAGAAGAUCUGCAAGCCACCAACGCUCAUCCUUUGGGGUGGCCAGGAUGAAUUCCUAGUGAAAGAAGGCGCAACAAACAGCUUGAAGUUCUGCGAAAAUGUUGAAUUAAAAUUCCUCGAAGGCGCUUCGCAUUGGGUCAUGCAAGAUGAGCCACAAAAAGUCAAUCAAUACGUGGAAGAGUUUCUCAGUGAGACCGAUAAGGAGACAAUUAGCAGCGAUCCGUCAUCAUCGAAGAUCUAAGAGCUUGCUUGGAUUGUUUUUAUUUUAAUAAGAAUUUAAUAAUAAACUGAUUU